UUGACACAAACGGGUGCAGUCGAGGUUUUUCAUCACCGAGAAUGAAGAAAAUGCUGACACUUUCAAUCUCUCCAGCACCGCAAUCUCUUCACAUUUCCACUGCACGGCAUCUACCCGUUCUUCCUUUCCGAAACGCGCCGUUACCAGCUUCAACGAAACUCUCCACUCUCGCUCCCUCUUCUGCUUGGAUCAGUUUCAAUCCUCUCAGAUUUUCGAUUAAGGAUAAGGACAUAAAGAAGAAGAGUAGAGGAUCCAGUGCGGUUUGCUCCGCAGCUCCUCUCUCCCCUCGUAAUCUCCAGUGGAUCUCCGCCAUUUCUUCUGCGAUUUUGUUGUUUACGAAAGGGACGGUGAUUCGAAAACAUUUUCUUGUUCCAUUGUUCGCAAUUCAAGCUCCAGCAAGCAUCAUUGCAUGGAUGAAGGGUGAAUAUGGUCUUUGGGCAGCAUUCUUGGCACUGCUUGUUCGUCUCUUCUUCUUCAUUCCUGGUGAACUUGAGUUGCCAUUUCUAGCAUUAUUGUUGGUGAUUGUGGCCCCCUACCAAGUACUGAACAUAAGGGGAACACAACAAGCUGCUAUUAUUGCCUUAGUGAUUGCAGCAUAUUUGGCUUUCCAGCAUUUCUCAGGUGCAGGCAGCUUGCAGAAAGCAUUUGACCAAGGUUCAAUUAUUGCCACCAUAGCUGUUGUUUGCAUCACUGUUAUCUCGGGCUUGCUUUUGGUCUGAAUUUAACAAAGAAUAUAGACGUCUUUCAAGUUAUUGAAGACAUAGAGGGAGGUUGUACUGUAAGAAUAACUAAUUUCCCAGACCAAUGUUCUUGUUUUAGUAUGAUGAGUACAUUUCAUGCUGAGAAAAAUAAGAAUAAAUAUAUGUUCUUUAGUAUUUGUAUGCUACUGUUAUGUCAAUGGAAGAUAGGAACCGCUUUUGAAAUAAUACAAUUUUAGCUUGCAGUGGAA